UUCCCAGGCACCGACUCAAGCUGGCGGCUAGGGUUCUGCGCUGCACUUUCGAUCUUCUCUGCAGCGGUGUCUUUCUUCCACCGUUCCGGGGUAAGGUGUUCAUGGGACCCUUCCCUGCUUUCCCUUUUGGAAGCAAAGGCUGAAGUACCUUCUACGCCGCCGCCUCGUCCAACACACCGGGACACGCGGGUGCCAAUGUCUACUAACGGCCUCUUGGGGUUUCCCCGUGGGACUUAAAAUCUUCCUUCAAUGAGUCUCACUCGGCCAGUGGGACAGGAGAGGUCAGAGUCCCUGUUCCCCCCACCCUCCAACGCGGCACAUUCACUCCCCCAGACUGUGGUGAAGAGGACUGUUUGCCGAGGACGCCCACACCGUGCCCUCACCCUGCUCUAAGAGGCCCCUCUCCCCAAUUUCUCCAGAAAUCUCGCCCUCCUGCAGCUGACUGGAGCCGGAGAUCCCAGACCGGAACCAGGCUUCAGCUUGCUUAAAUUGUGGUGGAAUUCCUUGCCAAUCUUGAGAACUUAAACCAAAAUUACAAGCUUAGCAUUGAACUUUGUUAUUUUCUCAUCAGUGAAAAAUCCCCCAUGAAUGAUGGGUGAGAUAUUCUCCCAGCUGAGCUUUCAGUGGAAGGAUGAAAACAAGUUGAUUCUGUCUGGUGACCCAGCCAUUGGCAGCAAGGCUGCCAGCUACUCUAGUAUGGGUAGCAGCAACUCUCUUUGUUCCUGUGUGCCUUGUGAAGGAGCUGCUGGUACCAGCUUUGUGACUUGUCCUACUUGCCAAGGCAGUGGUGAAAUUGCCCAAGAGCUGGAGAAGCAGCUGGUGGCUCUCAUACCCUAUGGGGACCAGAGACUGAAGCCCAGGCACACGAAGCUCUUUGUAUUCCUGGCUGUGCUCAUCUGCCUGAUGACCUCCUCAUCUGUCGUCUUUUUCCUAUUUCCUCGGUCCAUCACCGUGCAGCCUUCGGGCCUCAACUCCUCCAUAGUGGCCUUUGAUGAGGAUGACAUCCACCUCAACAUAACGAAUAUCUUAAACAUCUCCAAUAGUAACUACUAUCCCAUCAUGGUGACCCAGCUAACCAUCGAGGUUCUGCACCUGUCUGUCGUGGUGGGGCAAGUUUCCAACAACCUUCACCUACACAUUGGCCCUUUGACCAGUGAACAGAUAUUUUAUGCAGUAGCCAACAGGAUAUGGGAUGAAAACACAUACAAAAUCUGUACCUGGCUGAAAAUCAAAGUCCACCAUGUACUUCUGCACAUCCAGGGCACCUUGACCUGUUCCUACCUGAGCCAUUCAGAGCAGCUGGUCUUCCAGAGUUAUGAAUAUGUGGACUGCCGGGGAAAUACGUCAGUGUUCCACCCACUGGUCCCUCACCUGCCGUGACCUGCCUGCUGUCCCCAUACUAUAGGCACCUGCGGGAGCCUGGUCUGUAUCUCCCACAACUCCAUGCUGAUUAAGGAAGGACUAUAGUGGCUUUGCCAAAGGAAAAGCCCUGCCUUAUUAUACCCUCAUCCCUCAUGCCUCAGCAUAGGAAGCUUGCUGAAGUUAACAUCACAGGCACGUGCGUGCAUGCACAUACAUGCUUCCAUCUUCUUGAUUUCCCCAGGUUCUUUCAGGAGCAACCAUCAAAUCCUACCCUUGUUCUUUUGUGAGGGAAAUCUGACCUGACAUUUUGUUGCGGUGCCUUAGAGUUCCUAGAGUGGCCCCUUAGCCUUUCUGUACUAAGCAUCUUGGUUUUCCUGCUCUAUUGGGCCUGACUCUCCUUCUGUCAGUAUGUUUUAUCUGGCUUUUAAAACGUGGAUCCUUUUCACAUUUUCCACUAGUGAGGAGAAAGUGACUUUGGGAGCACCCAUUGCUGUCUCCAAGGCCAUUUAGGGGACCAUAGAUGCUUUCCUGGGCCUAUCUGCUUUGGUUAUGUGGCAAAAUGAUGGUGAUGCCAGCUCCUCUCUGGUAACUUGUCCCUUGUUGUCUGACAGUAAUAUUGGCCAAGGCCCUUUGGCCCUGUCUUUCCUGGUUAAUGACUAUCCCUGGUUGUAAGGAAGACAGAGCUGUUCUCCAGCUAAAGCUUGUCUUCUCUAUAAAACAGUUUUACUGUUCUCUUCAUAGCCAAAGUAGGAGAGGCGGGAGCCACUGUUACCCCUCAGAGCUAUACAGGAAAAACAGAGUGGAAAGGCAGAGUAAUUUUAAAAGGUGUUUAUUAAAGGUGGGUUUCUGAGCCCAUGUGAUUGGACACAGGUAGGUCAAACAGUGCGCCUAGCUGCUCUGUUCUGAAAUCCCAUAGGAAAUGGAGCUGUCAAUGUCCAUCCAACACCGCUGGGCUGUGUUCUACCCCCAGCUCAGCACCAGGGUGCAUUCCUGGGCUUUGUAAGUCCUAUCAGCAGGGACUGGUCUGGAUCCCUCAUUUUCCUGUCACUCAGGUAGAGGUCAGCCCCAGAUAAUACCUUCCCCUUGGAGGGCGGCGCCUGUGGCUCAAGGAGUAGGGCGCCGGUCCCAUAUGCUGGAGGUGGCAGGUUCAAACCCAGCCCCGGCCAAAAACCACAAAAAAAAAAAAAAAAUACCUUCCCCUUGGAUUACUAGUGGAACUGGUUUCUGUAUUUUAGUGGAACAGGAAAGGUUGUUUGUUCAUUAAAGGUGGCUGGGUCUUUAUCAUUCAGACAGGUGGGGAUAGAAAGAGAGGUAGGCAGGGAAAGUUGAAUUGAAUUAGAAUGGGUAGAGAGGAGGAAAUGGUGACAGAACUCAGCUGGCUGGAGAACAAGGGAAAUAAAGGUCUGUCACCAAGCUGAGGCCACGGUGGUAAUGACAAGAGCACAGAGGUCCAGGGAGGCCAGGGAGGGCUAUGUGUGUAGGUCACUAAAUGUAAAGCUUUAAUUUAUAUUGCAUCCAAUAAACUAUACUUAAUAGUAUUCCAAACAGUCUGCUGGAGCUGGUUUGAAGAUAGUGUGAGUUAUCUCCAUUAACUGUUCAGUCAGUUACAGAUCAAACUCCUUGUUCCUCUCUUUUCCCUUUCUCUCUCUUUUUUUUUUUUUUUUUGAGACAGUGUCUUAUUUUGUCACCCUUGGUAGAGUGCCUUGGCGUCAUAGAUCACAGCAACCUCAAACUCUUGGGCUCAAGCGAUGAUCUUCUUGCCUCACCCUCCUAGUAGCUGGAACUACAGGAGCCAGCCACAACAGCCACCUAUUUUUAGAGAUGGAGUCUCUCUCUUGCUUAGGCUGGUCUUGCCUGAGCUAAAGCAAUCCACCACACCUGGCCCCACAAACUGUUAGUGUUCAAGUAGGUAUCAGAGUCUAUUCCCCAGGCCUCUGAACCCCUCUGAUAAUAUGUGCUACUUUUCUGGCUUCCAAGAGAUUGCUCACAUUAGCUCAUGCCUCUCCCUCUCUCUCAUUGUGCUUCUCUCAGGUCU